GCUGGGCUUUGGGAAACGGACGCCCAGCGGGCAGCAUCCCGGAUGCGGACGGUCAACUUCGAUCAACUUUAAGAUCGAAGCAGCCUGCCAGCCCGCCCGCGAAGAGGAGGAGGAGGAAGAUGCCUCGGCCGGGUCGAAACACGUACAGCGACCAGAAGCCGCCUUACUCUUAUAUCUCCCUUACUGCCAUGGCCAUCCAGAGCUCCCCAGAGAAGAUGCUGCCCCUAAGCGAAAUUUACAAGUUCAUCAUGGACCGCUUCCCCUACUACCGGGAGAACACACAGCGUUGGCAGAAUAGCUUGCGCCACAACCUUUCCUUCAAUGACUGCUUCAUCAAGAUCCCGCGGCGGCCAGACCAGCCCGGUAAGGGCAGCUUCUGGGCUCUGCACCCUAGCUGCGGUGACAUGUUCGAGAAUGGCAGUUUCCUGAGGCGCCGCAAACGCUUCAAGGUGCUCAAGUCUGACCACUUGGCGCCCAGCAAACCGGCCGACGCGGCUCAGUACCUGCAGCAGCAGGCCAAGCUGCGCCUUAGCGCCCUGGCAGCCUCGGGCACCCACCUGCCUCAAAUGCCCGCGGCCGCCUACAACCUGGGUGGGGUGUCACAACCCUCGGGUUUUAAGCAUCCCUUCGCUAUCGAGAAUAUCAUCGCUCGCGAGUAUAAGAUGCCCGGGGGCUUGGCUUUCUCCGCUAUGCAGCCGGUGCCCGCCGCCUAUCCCCUCCCGAAUCAGUUGACUACCAUGGGCAGUUCCUUGGGCACUGGCUGGCCCCAUAUGUACGGUUCAGGCAUGAUCGACUCGGCCACCCCUAUCUCCAUGGCGAGCGGCGACUACAGCGCUUACGGGGUACCACUGAAGCCUCUGUGCCACGGAGGGCAGACGCUGCCAGCCAUCCCGGUGCCCAUCAAACCCACGCCAGCUGCUGUGCCCGCCCUGCCCGCUUUGCCCGCGCCCAUCCCCACGCUGCUCUCGAACUCGCCUCCCUCACUCAGCCCCACUUCUUCGCAGACAGCGACCAGCCAAAGCAGCCCCGCCACUCCGAGCGAGACUCUCACCAGCCCGGCUUCCGCCUUGCACUCUGUGGCCGUGCACUGACCCGGAGCGGCUGGGCCCCACGACUCCCUCCCUGCUUCCCUUCCCCCUAGCCACACACAGUCCCCGAUUGAGUCUCUCGGGGAUAUCUUCUAACCACUCACCCCACACCUGCUUCCUCUACUCCCAGCUUCCCCCAAGCCACACAAGAUCCCCAUUUCAACCGAGUGCAGGCUUGCUGCGCCAGGGUUGAAACUCUGACCAUUCUCCUUUCCUUUAGGUCCAGGCCCCGGUUUUCUAAAACUUUGUUUUGGACAGCAAAGGAAAUACAACAGAAACUUGGGAGAGUCCACGAACUCGGCGCCUACAGGCGUGCAGGAAUUUUCAUGGCCCAUCCCCCGCUGGAGAGUGAAGUUGAGUCACUCCCUCCUUUCUUUUGUCCCCCUCCCCACCCUGGGGUAGGAGAGAAGCCCCUGUGAGGGCCGCCUGCCACUCGCCGCCCAUUUCCAGGCUUCCUUCAGAAUCCGAACCCUCCACGACUCCUUCCCGCUCUUCUUUUGUCAGUCAACAAUUCAGAAAUAACAAGCUCUUGAGCUUCUUUUUAUUUUUUCUUCUACCUGCACCUGCACUGGGUGCGCCACUACGGGACCCCUUCAGCAGUGAGGCGGCAGAGCAAGUCACUUAAGAUCCUGAAUUUGUUUGUGUCUUAUCCAAGGUGGGAUGGGACCACCAAGCCCAGAAUUCCCACAGCAGUCCAAGCCCCAGUGCGCUCCCAAGCCACCCCUUUCUCAGUGCUUCCCGGACAGCAGCCAGCAAAUUCACCCAAGUUGCUCGGCGGCUUAAUCCAGUCUCUCCAGUUUGUGGGCUCUGGGUUUGGUUUGAUUUUGUUUAUUUCAUUUUUCCAACCGGGAGCACUGAGCACUGAAGUGUUGGAAGUAGAAAGGUUAUGCACGAAAGCCAAGGGCAGGACCCCUUUCCAAAGUGAGUGGGGGAGGGGUGGGAGAAACAAUAAACAAAUAAACAAACCCCAUAUUGUUUACAAAGUUCCAGUCAAAAAGUAAAUAGUGAACUUGAGUCUGUACCCUGAGGCUUAUUAGGCCCAUUUUACAAAUACCAGCUGAAAAGUCAACUUUGACUUUUCCGUUUCUGUCCAGGUGAUUUAGAAGAAAGUUGGGGUUUAGAACCGGGGAAGCUGGAAAAGUUCAUUUGUAUGACAACUUUUUUCUGAUCCCUUAGAGAUCAUUUAAGCUAUUUAUUUUACUGCUUAAUAAAAUUAAAAUGAAAUAAAACCACAAAUAAGAAGACAGCCAAGGGUAACCCUUGACGAGCUAGCUGCAGUAGUGAACCUGGUAAGAUGAGGUAGGAGGAAUAUUAUUGGAAAUUUCUCCUCCAAGACUAGUCUUUCUGUUUGCUUUAUUAGAAAUUUUCUGUUUUAUUAGAGACUGAAAGGGCUGCAAAGGGAUGUACAUGCUUGUGAAUAGGAAUGAUGAUAAACUGUGUAAAAUGCACUUUUUGUUUGCUAUAUUUCCUUAGUUUUAGGUAGUUUGCUGGAAACCCAAACUGUUUUUUUUUUUUUCCUGCUGUGAACUGCUUAAGUUAAAAAACAAAAGUUGUCAUCAGAGCUGUAAAGAAAUCUUUUCUCCCCUUCCUGUACAGAAUAAGCAUGACAUUUAAAAUAUUGAUGUUCUUGUUCCCAGCAUGCCUGUUUUAAGACAAAGGAUUAAAAAAAGUGUCUAUGUUAAAUUAUGAACCUAG